AUGCCGCCAGGUACCUCCCAAGCAAGGAUGAUGACUCUGGCGGCAAAAACGGACUCGCCGUUGCCGCUGUUGUUUGGUUGGGCCGUGAAUCGUCGGGAUAGCCCUGGAUUGCAGUUGGCAUCCCAGAUUCAGUGGGGAGCCCUCAGGGAGCUCUUUUGCAGUCCAUCCUACCCUCUCGUCAUGUCUGUGGGGACAGACACCACACUGGGAAAGUCAUAUUUGCUGCAGUACCUCUAUGCACUACAAGAGUGUCAUUUCCGUGGACCACAGAACCCCUUGAGGAUUCACUCCAUGCCAUCCAUUGAUAUCAUUGGAGAUUUUGCUCGUGAGGAAUGCAUGCGAGGUGUGACUUUGGCUGAUGUUCACAGUUUCAGCCAGAGUGACCCUCUUUGUGAGGCUCUAACCGCUACACUCCAGAGCUUUACAACUCUGACAUUGCUACAUGCUUCACUGAAGACAGACUUUGAAGCUGAUGGGCGCCCAAAACCUGGUCUUCAACAGCUUCUGUCAGUUCUGUCUGCAGCUGAAAAUACUUCGUUUUCACUGUUGCUAUUGCUGAGAGAUGCAGAGGAUGACCAUGGUCCCUCAGAGCAAAGACGAGUUGUUGCAUCUGUACAAAGCGUUGCAAAGAGUCUGAGGCCAGAAGUAUUGAAGACGUCUGAGGCGUGGUUAGUGACGCCUUUGGCAAGUUUAGGGCCAACCGAGCUGACCAACGAAGUGAAAUCACUCAGGAAGAGCCGUGGAAUAUCUCUUGCCACUUUGCAAUGGGAAGGAGGUUUGUCACUGGAAGAGGCGUUAGCCGCGGCGCCCAAAUCCAAAAAGAAAUUCCCCCCCAUGCCAGUGCUUCAGCAAUGCUACGCACAAUUCGCCGAACUUUUUGCUCAGAGUGGCCAGAAGCUGUCGGCAGGAAAGGAGAAGCGGGAGAAGCGGGAGAAGGGACCUGGACCCGGUGCGUUGGCACAACGCGUGUUGACAGAGUUGGACCCAGGUGCUUCAUGUGAAGGUCUUCUUGGGAAGCUUUUUCCAGUGGCUCAGAGUCAUCAACAACUCACUGUGCUGAUCCAAGAUAAAGUUCGAUGUCUUGGUCGUGGCAAGGAAUAUUUGGAGCCUGAGGAGCGACGUCUUUUGGAGAGCAACGUGGAUAGCAUCGACCGGAAGAUUGGUCAACUACGCUCCAAGCGUCAGCAAGCCCCACCCCAUCCAUUGUUGAGAACCUUCGCCCACUUAGUCUUGACAGGUGACAUCAGCCUCAUUGUGGAGUUUGGCGCCUGCUUGAACGAAUGGAAACAGUCCAAGCGUGCGCCAUUGCUGGAGCGGAAGCUGGCGAUGCGAAAGGAGUUGGAUCGACUGAUGGAGAUCUCUCGGGACAAGACCGAAGCGACGGCCGAGAUGACCCAGCUGCGUGCUGACCUUGCCGACUUGCAGAAACGCUUGGAUGAGGACUCUGAGGAUCAGUCUGCCGGAUCUCUACUUCAGGCUGGCUUGGGUCAAUGCCUGAAGCUGCUGCACAAUCUGCGUCAGUGUGUUCUCCAUGUUCGUGAUGCGCUGGUUCUGCACUCCGAUCUCCUCGUGCAGCUGGGCCGAGGCACCUCCGGUAUUGAACUCAGUAAGAUCAUGUCUUCAUCGGCAUCGGAGGAGGUCAUGGUCAUGGUGGUACCAGCAAAAGCUGCAGGCUCUUUGGUGGUAGUCAUCGUGGCAUUAGUCGAUGUGUCAACAGACUCCUUCUGGCUGGAGCUGAUGCUGUGGCAUGAAUUGGAACGCACCGGAGUUCGCUUGGGUUUAAAGGAGAUUGACGAUCGUCUUACUUUCACUGCGGCGAAAGCCUGCUAUCUGAACUGGGUGAAGAGUGGGAAUCCACUUCACUUUCUCCACUCCGCACCGUUGCAGUUUGGAGCCUUUGAACCUUUGAGGUGGCAUCCGCAGCUCAGUGGAGCGUCCUUCUUCGGUUCGGACUUCAUUGGUGACGUCUUGCGGGAGCUGGAUCGUGAUCUCGGAGUGGAUGUGCGACGCCGGCCCUUGCUGGUGAUCUCGGUGAUUGGAGUGCAGAGCAGCGGCAAGAGCACGUUGAUGAACUACCUCUUCGGUUGUUCCUUCGCCACCCAUGUGGGCCGUUGCACCAAGGGCCUCUACAUCUCUCUCCUGGAAACGCGCCAUGCAUUGCUGGUGAUCUUAGAUACCGAAGGUCUUCUGUCUGUGGAGGCUCGCGAUGACGUCUUUGACAAACAGGUGGCGCUGAUGACCAUGGCGUGCUCCGAUUUGGUGAUUGUGAACAAUCGCGGGGAGCUGGGCAGGCACGUUGGAGAUCUCUUCCAGGUGUGUCUCUUUGCACUGUACCACUUGAAGUUGGCCCGGAUCAGCCCCGCCAUUGGCUUCGUGCUGCAGUGCUUAAGCAUGGUGAAUCAGCAGCAGCAGUACGAAUGGGUGGCAACGGUGAAGCGAUCCCUAGAGGACUCUGUGCAAGAACUGCAGCAGAAGGAGAAGCCCCACAGCUUCAAGUUGCAGGACUUGGUCUUCCUAGACUCCGAAAGCAUCUUCGUGAUGCCAAGUGCCUUCAAUGACGAUGUGCAGUUUGGGCUCCAAGUGUCACGACCAACAAAUCUCUACGCGCUGAAAGCUCUGCAACUUCGGGAGAAGGUCUUCCAAUGGAUAGCCAGGGCGAAAGCAUCUCAGAAACAGCGAUUCGCGGAAACAGCCGACGGUGCUGAUAUCCCGAGUACUGGGUCUUCUGGGUCCUCCGUCUUCGCAUCUUUGUCGCAGUGGUACGACCAUGCACGAACUGUUUGGCAGACGCUCUCCAUGUGUGGAACUGACUUGCUUCAAUUCCGUACCAUGAGGCAAGUGCUGAUGGCCCAACAGCUGCAAGAAUUCUGCGAUGCCUUGGUGCAGAAACACGUGGAUGGCAAAAUGCAUCAGGAAAGCGAGCAUCUGAUUCACCGCUACACCAAGGAGCUGCGCUCUGCCACUGCCACCAGUGAAGUCCACGCCAUCGACAAUGCCUUCCGCGGCCAAUUGGAUGCGCUGCGAGAUGCUGUGCUUCAAGAGAUGCAGCACGACUUUGACGAAUUCGUUCGAUCUCACGACAGCAAGUUCACAGAUGAGCAGGUCAAGAGCGACAAGCGCUUUUCAUUGAUGGGUCCAAUGAGACGGAAGUAUGCUUCAGUGGACAGCCUAUGGCGAUCUGCUGUGCAUUUGGUGCUGGAGCAGAAUUCCAUGGAUCACCUCUUUGAAGAGAUCUCAGCCAAAGUCAACGACCUCCUCCUUGAACAAGGUUCUCACAUCAACGUGCAGAACGUCGAGCGUGUCUUCGAGGAGAAGUGGAGCCAGGUGAUGCAGGAGGCCUUGCAAAAGCAGCGGCCAAGUCUCGAACGUGUCAUCCAAGAGGUGGUGUCCCACUUCAAUGCGGCGCUACAGAACUUGAAGUCGCAAUUUCGCAAAGCCCAUAUCUUCCACGGCGUCAAGACUUUGACCAGUGACCUUGGGGAGAUGUCGGAGGUGUCGUCCUCCUUUCUGUUGUCCAAGAAGGGCAUCGGUGCAGCGUUGGUGCCGCUGAUGCCGCAACAGGGCAGUGCAACGACGCAGGUCGACAACCUUUGGAUCAAAUUGGUGGACACCAUGAGAUUGGAGGUGGAUCAGCAGGGACAGAUGUCAGACGCUGCUGCCUUGAAGAUCUUGAACCGUCUGAACACAGAGAUGGAGGCGGCGGAUCAGUUGCGGCAGCUGCUGCAUCGGUUGGGCUCUGCCUUCGUGCAGAAGUUGGUCUACGAAAUGGCAAAGGCCACCAUCCACUACCGCUUCCAGAUCGAGCAGCAGAACUUCGAGAACCGUGUGAAAGAGAUCGUGAGCAAGAAAAAACAGAAGCUCUGGGAGAUCCAGGCCCGUGUGGACAGUGCCAAGCGCGAAGUGCACUGCGCCAAAGUUUGGGCCAAGACCUUUGUGGACACGCUUGACCAACAUUUCCGCAAUGCUGUUGGCCGCAUGGCACAGGAGGUGGUUUCGCACAUGUCGAAGAUCUUGACGAACCCUGGCAGCGCUUGCGAGCAAGCCAUUGAGCGCUCCUUUACCCGUCGCAACUGGCGCCACGUGGUGAUGUAUGCCAUCGAUCCCACUCAGUAUCUCUUCAUGGAGUUCCACAAGGAGUGGGAGUCCUUCAAGCAGGGCUUGGUGGACAAAUAUUGCCAGGAGCUGAAGAACAACUUCGGCAGCUGCCUUCGAGUGGCGGAAGAGCGCCUACAGGAUCUGCUGGAGGAUCACACCUUGGAAGGCGUCACCGAUCUGACCAUGAACAAGUUGUCACAGGUGUUGAAGGACACCUGUUCACAGCUGGCGGAUGAAUCCUUGUCAGCGGUGCUGUGUUCCUGUUUGCCUUCCUUCCCAAGCGAAGCUGACUGGACUUUGAAGAAAGACUUCACCCAGUUCGUGCGCUUCUGCUCGGUGGAGCUGCAACGCUACCGUUCCGAUAUGCGUCAGACGGAACUCACCGUGGAGCGGCGCAUGGAAUCGGAGCUCACGCGACAGAAAUCCGACUUCUGGAAGUGCAUCUCCGGCUGCCCUGCCAGGCAUGUCUAUCCAGCCUUCAACGGCUGGCAGAAACAAGAAGGUCGAAAGCCGUUUCUGCUGCACUGCCGUGCCCGAGCUCAGUGGCAGAUCGCACGAACCAGGCCACCCAUCGAAGCUGGGGGACCUGAACGCUACUGGGAGAACUUCCAGGCGAUGUUGGAAGAUGAACAUCCAGAUUGGUUGGAUCCAGUGACACGUUUCCCGCUUUCGUCCAUGGAACCAUUGGAAGAGUACGAAGAGGACUGCGAAAAUGCACCCGAAGAGAUCCAGAAGGAGAUUGACGAAAAUCGACGUGCUUGGGCCAACUGCAAGGAUGCCUUGUUGGAGCACUUCACCUCCAUGGCAGAUGAUCCAGAUAUUCCUUGGCUGGAAAAGUACAAGAGAGAAGGGGGCGCUUUGAAGAAGGCGGAUUUCGUGUCAAUCCGCGACGAGCUCUUUGCCGUGACGCCCUUGGAAUCCCUGGAUGCCAUGGACAGCUUGAUGCCCGACGGCUUGGACCUGGACGAGAUCCAUCAGCGCCUGGCAGAUGCCAUGGGAGCUGAGGAGCUGCAAGCCUUGCGAGCGGCCUUGGUAGGAGAACUCCUUGAGGUGGCGGGACGUUUGAUGGACUGCACCAGCGGCGAGGCCAUGCGCGCAGGCAUCGUGGAGUUUGGGGGUGUCCAGGAAGAGGAGGAGGAGGAGUGCGUUGCUCCAGCGAUUUCCUGCCAAAAAGACUUGGAAGUCUGGCAGAAUCUCUGGCCACAGUUGUGCUUCCCACUGAGACAGGGCAGCACUGCGAAGCGACGCCUGUUUGUUGGCUUGAGCUUAUGGGCCUCCACCUUGCCAGAAGCCAAGGACUUGAUUGGUUCCGAGUUUCAUUUGGAACAUAUCGACGAGGCAGCGGAGGAGGCACGUUUGGCUGCUCUGGCAGAGCUGAAUCUAGAAGAGAUUGAUCAGGAUGAGCUCCCAGAACCAGAGCCUCACGAGUACUGCCCACCACUGAACUCUCUGGAGCUGACGUGUCGCUUGGGUCAUGCACUUGGAGACAAGGCUGGUGCUGGGAGCCUUGAUGACUUUGCCACCAGCAUUGCAGAAUUGAGGCAAACCAUCGAUGCUGUGUUACCGCUCUAUGUCCAGAACGAGAAAAAACUUGCAGAGCUUCAAUCAGAAGAUUAUCAAGCACAGAAGAAAGCAGCAGCUGCCGCGCGAUUCAAGGAAGCGCGACACGAUUCCGAUGAUGAGUCAGUGUCCGAAGAAUCCGAGAAAGAACCCAUUGUGUUGCUACAGGAGGAGCAGCAACAGUCCUCUGUCUACUUUGCCCUGCAUGCCGAUGCAGAUGCUGCCUUUGAGGAUGGAUGCUACACCUUCAACGAAACACACAUGAAGCAGGCCCAGCUUUUGGAGUACUACGAGAAGCUGGACUCCUCAGUUGCCCAGUGGGCCGAAAAAGCACCCUUGGCCCAAAAUGAUCCGCAACUUCAAGAAGGACUCAAGGCCUUGCGUGCCAAGCUGCCUUCCUCGGUUUCCCUGGUGGAUGACUUUUGUCUCUCAGAGCCCAAGGUGGAGGAGGAAGAGUCCUGUGAUGAAGGCGAACCAGCACCCGUCCGUCGAGGUGGAAUUGGUAGACUCCUCGAUCUCAGGCUGACCUCCUUGGGCUUGGCCACUCAGCGCAUCCAGUUUUUGAAGGCAGAGCAUGGACACCAUAACUUGGCCACAGCAGAACUUGGAAGGGAUUCUGUGCUGGACUUUGGCACACAGGAGGAGAUGAUGCCAGUUUUGGGCUCUCUGAUGGACUUUGCCUUGUCCACACCAGACCACUGUCGUCGAUUGCUGCUUCCGGGCCAGGAUUGCUGGGGACCAUCUCACAAUGAUAGCCUUCAGCCCUUGGCUGAUCGGAUGCGAUCGAUGUUGCUGACGGCGUACCGGGCCAAGAAGUCCGCCAACAAAAGAAAGAAAAACAAGGACCUGAACAAGAUGCAGUUCUGUGAAGGUCUGCGGAGGCUCGGCUACGGCUACACGGAUGACUACGCAGAGCUCAUAUUUGACUUCCUGGACCAGUCCGGAAAUGGAUCGAUCUCACCAUCUGAGCUCCAGAUGCUGGAGCUUGUUGAUGGUGCCGGGUCACUGGAGGAUCUAGACCGUCUUCGGAUGUGGCUGUGUGAUUGGAAGGCUCGCAGGGCCAAAGCAGCUGCAGAAAGAGCAGAAGCAGAAGCAGCUGCUGGAGGUCACGAGGAAGAAGCGCUGCUCACGGCACGAGUUGCGGAGGCUGGUGCCGAUGCCAUGGCUGUGAUCACUGCUGGGGCGGAGUUGUGGCAGUACAUGGACCGCGACGGGUCUGGGGAGGCGAGUUUCUCCGAGUUCCGGCGGGCCCUGCGAAAGGCACGGCAUCCUGCUGGCUUGAAUCCCAACAAAGGACCUGCACUGGAGCUCUUCAUGUGCUUGGAUAUCCAAGUGGACGGAAGUAUCGUCGAGGGCGAAUUUUACUGCUUCAGCAUUCUGAGCGCCUACUUCCAGCUUCAACGAGUGGAGCGAGUGAGGACAUUCCUGGAAGAUCGUUUUGGAACUCUGAAGGCAGCCUUUAAGCUUUUGGAUCAGGUUUAUGGCUAUGCAGAUGAAGAGGAUGUCAAGGUGUGUUUUUUCUUCAUUGACAAGGAUUUCUCUGGUCAGCUGACAAGCAAAGAGUUUGAGUUUCUCGGAAACUUCGAUGGACGGGAUUUCGUUGAUGACGUGAAAAAACUUCGAGACUAUCUCGUGGACAAAUACGAGAAUUUGGAGGAUGCCUACGAUGCCUUCGAGCAGAAGAUGCCGCCGCCCGACAUGGGCGGAACGGACUUGAAGGACAUUCCGGAGAAGAGGCGAAAGCGCCGCGAAGGCCGUGGCCUCUCUGGGCAGGACUUUAUCAAUGCCUGCAGAAUGUGUGGAUUCAAGGGCCGAUUUGAUCCACGGCUCCUCUUCAACUUUCUGGACGCAUCUCACGUAGGUCACAUCACCCGCAACGAGUUCGUGCAGCUGGGGAAGCUGGGAGCAGUUGAAGCCUUGCAGAUGUCCUCGGACAAAAUGCGCAAAGGCAUCAGCACGCUGAAGGCGUUCAUCUUCCAAGAGGCGCAGCUGGAGGAGCCAGAAGAGCCUCAAGCAGAUGACUCUUGGAAGUGGGCAGGUGUUCACAAGGCACUGCGAGAUGUGACGGAAGAUGAUUUGGAGCUAAUGGAUGGUCCGUAG